AUGGCACGUUCUACGGAGCUGCAAGGUGCAUUAGAAAGGUUUUGGCUAAUCGAGGAGUUUGAUUCGCACGAUCAAGGUUUCACCGCAGAAGAGCAGGAAUGCGAACGACAUUUUGUGGCAAACACAAGGUUUCUCACAUCUGGACGAGUCCAAGUUUGCUUGCCAUUUAAGGAGAAUCCUCACAUGUUAGGUAAAUCUUUUGAAAUUGCCAAAUCCCGGUUUUUGCAAAAUGAACGGAGGUUGAGCCGCAACCCGUUGUUAAAGGAGAUGUACGUUCAAUUCAUGAGGGAAUACCUAGAUUUGAAUCACAUGCAAUUGGCAUCUGAUUUCGACUCUCAAAAGACCCAUUAUGUAAUCCCGCAUCAUGGAGUCCUGAGAUCAGAAAGCACGACUACCAAGCUGCGUGUUGUGUUUGAUGCAUCGUGCAAAACAACGUCGAACCUUUCUCUGAAUGAGUUGUUGAUGAUUGGCCCAAGCAUCCAGCAGAAUCUUAUCCUAACACUUCUUGCCUUUCGCUUACAUCGUCAUGCACUUGUAGCUGAUAUCUGCAAGAUGUAUCGCCAGUUUGAAGUAUCACCAGACGAUCGUAUGUAUCAACUUGUUCUCUGGAGAGAAUCCUCAGCUGCGCCUUUAGAAUUGUUUCAGCUCAACACUGUCACGUACGGCAUGUCCUGCGCACCAUUUCUAGCAAUCAGGAGCUUGAAAUAUAUUGCAGAUAAGUUCUCAAAUCAGUUUCCCAUCGGAGCAGCAGUACUUAAAGAAGAUAUGUACGUCGAUGACCUCCUUACUGGAGCAGACAGUGUCGAAGAGCUUCAUCUCAAGGCUACAGAGGUCACCAGCAUACUUUCUAAGGCUGGAUUAGAGCUUGCAAAGUGGAACACAAGCAAAAUAGAAGGCAACGGAGCAGAGUUUCAAUUUAAGGUUGAUACCAAAGAUGUUACGAAGACUUUGGGCAUGUCGUGGCAACCAAAACUAGAUGUGUUUUGUUUCAGCUCACCUGUACGAUUUGCUAGGGCUCGUAUCACCAGUCGUUAUUCGAUGCAAAAUAUUGGUCCAAGAGUUGUGGAUGCAUCGUCUAAACUGGGACGAUCCACUUCCCCCUGA